UUGGGCCUGGACCACUCCCCCUCGUUGCUCCUCCAUUGGUCCGAGCCCACAUCAAUCUGGUGAUUUCCAAGUGCCCCUCAAGUUUGAAACUUUUUUUACGAGUGGGAGGAAUCGAGUUACAGCAAACUGUGGUAACUGAUCGCAGCAGCCGAGGGAAGAAAACACGCGUUCAAUAAUUUACACAUCUGUGCCGAGGACACGGUUACAGAACAAAACCUGAACUGAACAGCAGCGAGGACGUUUCACGGCCGACACGCAGCAGAACGAGUGGAAGAAAACCUGAAUAUGCUGUGAAGUGAAUUCAUCUGCUCUGCCAGGAUGAACUCUUUUCGCUCACAGUACUAACUUGCUGUGAUCUGGCUGACCGUGUCCCCGUGAAGCUGAGGAAGACUUGACCAUGGACUCCUUCAGCACCAAGAGCCUGGCCCUGCAGGCGCAGAAGAAGCUGAUGAGCAAGAUGGCUACCAAGAGCGUGGCCAGCCUCUUCAUCGACGACACCAGCAGCGAAGUGCUGGACGAGCUGUACCGCGUCACCAAGGAGUACACCCGCAACCGCAAAGAGUCCCAGAAGAUCAUCAAGAACUUGAUCAAGAUGGUGGUGAAGCUGGGAGUGCUCUACAGAAACAACCAGUUCAACAGUGAGGAGCUGAUCCUGGUGGAGAACUUCAGGAAGAAGGUCCACACUCUGGCCAUGACGGCGGUCAGUUUCCACCAGAUCGAGUUCACCUUUGACCGGCGCGUCAUGAGCGCCAUCUUGAAUGAUUGCCGCGACCUGCUGCACCAGGCCAUCAAGCGCCACCUGACAGCCAAGAGCCACUCGCGAGUCAACCACGUCUUCAAUCACUUUGCCGACUGUGACUUCCUGGCGACUCUGUACGGGCCCUCGGAGGUUUAUCGCGGCCACCUGCAGAGGAUCUGUAACGGGAUCAAUAAGAUGCUCGACGAAGGCAACCUCUGACCUCUGCCUCGGCGUUAGGCUCGUUUACCUCGACUCAUCACGAAGCAUUUCUUCUUUUUUUGAGACAACGAUCGUGAACAUUUUUCUUUUUCCUUUGUUUGUGUUUGCGUUUACUGUAACAUCGAAAUUCGCUUGGCAACUUUGUCCAAAGUGUAUUUCUUUUUCCAGCCUUCUUUUUAAUGAAUGUAAAACUUCAUGCUCUUAUCUCCAUAGCCUUGACAACUGUGCCUUAAAUAGCAUAUUUUAUCUUCGUUCCAAGGGCUCGCUUUCUCUCUGUCACUUCAAAAAGGCAAGAAACCAGGCACAGGCCUCCAGCUGUAUCUGUUAAAUGGACAAAAGUGGGUCUGGGAGCAAAACGAGGAGAAGAGAGCGAAUUUCCAAGGACAAAAAGAAGUUUUACUGUCUGUUUGCUUUUCCUGAAAGCAGUGUUGCACUCGAUCCCAAACAAGCGCUGUACUGUAGUGAAACCAUGUGAACGACGGCAGUAAUCCUGCUCAGCCAGCAUUUUGCGGCUCUCGCCAUCAUGCACUGAACUCUGGCCUUUUGUUUCGGAGCCACUUAUAAACCCACAUUUGCUUCCAAUAGCCUGGUUUAUAGCCACCACAACAAAGGCAAAGUAUUUGGGUCAUGGGGGGAAUGUAAACUCGAAGGAAUUUGAGCGUGCUGCGUGUUGUUGAUCGUCUCUGCGCCGACUCGAAUGUCUCGCCGCCUGGACGCUCAUCUAGCCUGAAAAAUCACGGCCGGGCGGCGAGGGCGGCGCACAAUGUGGCACCAGGUGCAAAGAUUGCUCUGGCAUUUUGUCAGAAGGGAAUUAAGCGCCAACUCGGUCGAACCGCUCGCCGUAACGGAUGCCGUUAGUCCGGGGUCAGCUGUGUUUCAGGUUGGGGAGCCUCACGUUUAUCCUUAAAAGCACUAAAACUCCAGCUCAAAUUCUGACUGAUCCCAACUAAAAAGUGAGCAGGCAGAUGAAAGACUGCAGCGCCGUGUCUGUGAAGAGCGCCGGGCAGAGCACGGAGAUUAGAGCAGAGACAAACACAGCACCUGAUUGUGCUCUCCCACUGCAAUUAUCGCUCCCCGCUCCGGGGUGGCGUAAUGGCUGGGAGCCGGCCUCCGUCGAGCAGCCACUCCAUUUCACCGCACGGCAGCCUCGUGUGAUGAGAUGGGGAUAACGUCUCUGUUUGCGCGAUGCCAGUCCUUCUAAUGGAGUGAAAGAUGAUGUUGUGUUUCUCCCUUACAAAGGAGUAUAUGAGUAGUUACUACAGCCCUCUCCAACCUUGCAUAAUGGGCAUCCUUCCUUUUUUUUGUCUGUGUUUUUGUAUCACUGAGCCUGUCUGGGAGAUUGUUUUGUGCCGCGGCCUCAUUUUGUAGUGUGUGUGUGUGUGUGUGUGUGUGUGUGUGUGUGUACCUGUGAGAGAAUUGGAAAUUGAGCCGUGUAAUAAGCGCUGUGCAUUCCCAGAUAGGAUUGCUGAAACUUUAACUUCUUCUGCAGCAGCUCUGCCAAAGAGAGAGGAGAGAAGGGACUGCUGUUACUUAAAAAGCACUCUUUUUUUCCAGGACACUUCAGAAAAUGGUGUGAACGUGAUCGUUCUAACCCCUUAAUGGUGAAAAUGAAGACCGAGGUGGUGGCUGUUGUCAUUUUAGUCCUGCGCCGGUUUAAUUGUGAGAUGACUUCUCAUUUGUUAGAUUCAUUUAAGCCCAGCCUCAUCAUUUUGGGAAGGCUUUGAAGUAAAUCCUUUAAUUGUCUUUAAAUGCAAUUUUCUCCAGAUCCUCCUCAUCUCAGGGCGAGUUUCAAUCUCACUCCUUCUGAAAUCCACCAAAAAGCAGCACGAGCCCUGGAAACAGUCGCACUUAUUUUACUCAAACGUGCUUUUCUUCUUGCAUUUUCACUCUUGUGACUGUGGUGAGUGUUUUUAUUUUCACUCGUGUACAUAGGAUUGUGUUUGUGCGUUCUCUGUAUCCAGACACAACAAAUUUAAUACAAAAUGCUUUUUUUUAAAAACUGA